CAGUGCAGCGGUGUUCAACCACACUACUUUUCUCGCUGUUUUGCAUUAAGUUUGCAAGCAAUAUUUUUAUUUUGAAGAUCAAUAACUAACACCGAACAGUUCCAAGGUGUUCUUGUUAUUUCUAAUAUUCAAUAGGGGAGCAAACAAUUUUAUAACAAAGAAAAAACACCAACUACACAAAAAAUACCAUUAGCACGUGUGCAGCAUACCAGUGCAGUAUAAAAUUAUGCUUUUCAACGACGAUGACCUGCCCAACAUAGUCACGUGGUCCCCAGCAGAUCUGAUAGACGCGCAGAAUUGUAGCGAUGGAUUGGCCGUCGUUUUGCUUAACCGGCCGAUACUGCUACACAAGGAAUACUUUCGGUCGAUUUGGAACAAUGCCAAGGUACGCAUCACGGUCGACGGAGGUACGAAUCGGUGGGUGGAUUUUGUCAAAGGUCACAUCGGGACCGAGGAUCAGCUAAAAGCACCCGAUCUGGUGACGGGAGAUUUCGACUCAUGCACGGACGAAUCCUUGGCCUACGUUACACGGCUGAAUUGUAGGAUCAUCAAGACACCGGACCAAAACGCAACCGACUUCACAAAAUCGCUAAUGACUCUCCAAAACACUGGCUACCACAGCGAAAUUAGCCGGGUGCUUGUGCUUUGUGAAAGUUCCGGGCGGUUGGAUCAGAUCAUGGCCAACAUCAAUACACUCUUUCUGGCACCAAAAAUCCUACCGAACGCAUUUGUGUUUCUGCGAUCGAGUAAUUCACUUUGCUGGCUGCUUCCGGCGGGAGUCCAUCGAAUCAACAUUCCCUCACGGCUUGUACUCGAACACAUUUGGUGCUCGCUGAUGCCGAUCGGUCAUCGGGCCGUUUGCAGCACCAGUGGCCUACGGUGGAAUUUGGACGAGCGAGUGAUGGAGUUUGGCAGUUUGGUUAGCACGUCCAAUACCUAUUCGGAGCAGGAGGUUGAAAUCAAAACCGAUAGCGCUGUUCUCUGGUGCAUGGGUACAUCGCCCAAAGAUAUGUGAUAGAUAAUUGUUUGGAACCUAGUUCAAUAUUUGUAAAUCGUAUAGUAUUGCCUUCCCAUUAAA